AUGCCCCGGCUACACGGACCAGUUUCAGUUCCGGCAUCGCGGGAGCCAGUCCAGUCCGUGGAUCAGCAGCAGCAGCAGCAGCAAGAGGAACAACGACAAAGACAAGCCGGCCAGAUCGUACGAUGGGACCAACCUGUCGAUAUUGUCCGCGCCCCAGACCCGUCCUACGAUGACGUGUCUCUUUUCUAUUUCGUCCGUCGCUUUGUGUCUCCCAACCCGGAAGACGGCUUCCCGGGCCACCUGAGCUUCCUGCCCAGCAUGUAUGACUCCCGCAGCCAGGGCCUGCUGGAGAAUGCCACCCUGUGCGUCGCCCAGAUGGCGGCGUACAACAAGUUCGGCGGCGAGAAGUUCCGCGUCCAGUCGUACCGCCACUACGGCCGCGCCAUCCGCAUGCUGCAGGAGAUCAUCCGGUCCGAGGACCAAGCCACCGAUGACAAGGUGAUCACGUCGAUCCUGCUCCUGUGCACGCUGAAGGACAUCAGCGGCGAGGCGGCAGGCGACCCGGGCGAGCACGCGCCCGGGCUGUUCUACCUCAUAGAGAAGCGGGGGCCCGAACAGAUCGUGACAAGUAGAGGGGCGGAGCUCCUGUUCUUGGCCCUCAUCCGGUUGCAAGUGUAUUCGUUCCUGCACGACGACGACACGUACGUCGAUCCGGGCGCCAUCGCCACGGCCUGGGGCGUGUUCGACCCGCUGCUGCGGGCGCUGGCCAUGAUGUCCCGGACGGUGUCGCUCCGCAACCGGCUGCUGUCGCCGGACCACGCGCUGCUCGACCCCCAGGAGCAAGCCGCCCUCCUGCAGAGCUGCUUCGAGACGCUCGACGACUUCCACAACUGGGACGCCGAAGCGGCCGCCUACUGGCGCAACACGUUCGAAGGGCGCACGACGCCGACCGCGCUCGGCGAGGUCGCGGCCGGCACGACGCACUACGACCCGGAGACGGCGUGCAUCAUCAUCCUGGUGCGGUCCGAGCGGCUGAUCCUGCUGAUGAGCAUGAUCGCGUACCACCACUACCAGCAGCACCACAGUACCAUCCCAGACCCAUGCCUCACCGCGUGCGUCCCCAUCCUGGAACAACACGUGCACCUGGCAAUCGAGGACAUGCUAGCCUCGGUUCCCUACGCGCUGGGCGACGUGGGUCCCGGCGGGGCGCCGGGGACGCUGGCGCACGACGGGGCGGCGGCGAUCGUGAUCGUGCAGUCGAUCCGGCUGGUGGCGUCGUGCGCGCUGGCGUCGCCGGAGCAGCUGCGGCGCGCCACGGCCGUGCUGGCGCGCCUCGACGCCGGCAUCGGCAUCCGCGCUGCUGCGGGGCCGGGGCUGCGCGUCGAUGAGCAGGAGGGGGAGGAGGGAGUGGAUGAUGGGGUUGUUAAGAGUUCGAGGUGGAUGCGGGAACAGAAGUUCUUGCGCGAGCGGUUAGCGGCACGUGGCGGGUUGGGUGCUAUGGGGACGCCGCCGGCUCCUCCUGCUCUUGGCUUGGCGGGCGAGGAGUGGUUUCUUCCGCCGUAUGUGGGCUGA